CGUCUCUCCUCUCGUCGUCUCUGCUGCGCGUGGAAGAAAUAGCAAUUAUGCAAUUGUUGUAUGUAUGAUUGGUUUAGUCUUAGUGACCCUCACGAUCUCAUUCAUUCUUUUAGGCAAAUUCUCUCAUUCUCAUUCUCAUUCUCUCUCAUAUAACUCGGAUCACCACAUGACUCCAUCUCUUCUUUGCCGUUACCAUUAACCAAAAUCCCUAAAAAAACUUUCUUUUUCAUUUCCCCCUUCCUAGGUCCUAAAGACGAGACCUUUCUUUCUGUGUGUGUGUGUGUGUGCCAAAGCUCAAUUCUUUUUUGAGGCCUGGGGGGUGGCGAGCUGAUUGAUGUCUUUGGUAUCUGGAGCCAGGGACAUGGGCUUCGACGACAACAAGAACAAGGAAUCAGGAGGAGAUGAUGAAAACUCCUCCAGAACCGACGACGAGGCUGUUGGAUCUUUGGGUAGACAGAUGAGCGAAGCUUCUCUUUGUGCUACCGAGGAGGAGGAAGACGACGAUUCCAAAUUGCAAUUGGGUCCUCAGUACACUAUCAAAGAACAUCUCGAGAAGGAUAAGGAUGAUGAGAGUCUGAGGAAAUGGAAGGAACAGCUUCUUGGAAGUGUUGAUGUCACCAACAUUGGAGAGACUCUUGAUCCGGAAGUGAGGAUUCUUAGCCUCGCCAUCUUAUCUCCCGGGAGGCCUGAUAUUGUUCUGUUGGUUCCGGAGAAUGGAAAUCCUAAGGGCAUGUGGUUUACUUUGAAAGAAGGGAGCAAGUACAACUUGAAGUUCACAUUUCAAGUUAAUAACAACAUUGUCUCUGGUCUUAGGUACACCAAUACAGUUUGGAAGACCGGUGUUAAAGUGGACAGAACAAAGGAAAUGCUUGGAACCUUUAGUCCUCAGUUGGAGCCAUACGACCACGUGAUGCCAGAAGAGACUACUCCCUCUGGCAUGUUUGCUCGAGGAUCAUAUUCUGCAAGAACUAAGUUUCUCGAUGAUGAUAAUAAGUGCUACUUGGAGAUCAACUACAGCUUCGACAUUCGUAAAGAAUGGCCUGCGGUUUGAAAUUUGUGAACGCGAGUUGUCUCCUGAGAUGUGUUGUCAGUAGAAGAAAGUUGUGGUUGUUUCACUCCCUAUCUCCGUUUUUUUCGUUGAACAUAUAAUUGUGAAUCGUUUUUCUGAUCAUCGUAGAACAAGAACGACAUUUACUUCAUCUUUGAUCUUGAUUUUUUUUUUGUGUGUCCAGUGAUGUCUGUGUUUGUUCUCAACUUUGUUUCUCCUUCCACUUAACAUGUGUUUGAUGAUAUGAUUGUGUUA